CCUGCUUCAAAGAGGCAAGAGGCACGGCGCUUCACAGCCAUGUUCAGGGCGGUUAUAGAGGAAUCAUAGCCCAGCAUAGAGUUAUAGAAGUGGCUGAACUACGAUGAUGGAUUUUGACGAAAGGGUCCCCGUCGGAUCGAACAUGUAUUUGCCCAGUUGCACGUAUUAUGUGUCGGCGGGGGCUGAUUUCUCCGGUCUUCCAUCGUUUUUAUCCCAGACCCCGUCCACGUCCAUGACAUACUCCUACUCCUCUAACCUGCCGCAGGUUCAACCCGUCAGAGAAGUGACAUUUAGGGACUAUGCAGCCAUUGACGCAUCCGGUAAAUGGCCGCACCGGGGGAACUUGCCUCAGUGCUACCCCAGCGCGGAGGACAUGCACCGGGACUGUCUGUCAGCUCAAUCCGCCGUCGUAGGGGAUAUGUUCGGUAAAAGCAGCCCCGCAGCCGCCGCAGCCGCAUACCACCACCACCACCACCACCAUACAAGCGCUGGCUCCGCUGCCACCAAUUUCUAUGGGAAUGUAGGCAGAAAUGGCGUGCUGCCGCAAGCUUUCGACCAGUUUUACGAGACGGCGUACGGGAACGCAUCGGAGAGCUCCUCCACAAAUGGCUACUCAGGGGACAAAACGGCGACCAAGCCUCCCAGCUCCGCGCAGGAGGACGCGCCAUCGUGCCCGGACAGUGAAGCGAAGGAGCAGCGGGAUGAAACGAGCAGCCCAGAGUUAUCUUCCGGCAACAAUGAGGAGAAAACCAGCGGCAGCAGUGGACAAAGGACCCCGGAAGAAAAGAUUGCCCUUAUUCCAAAUAUCAAAUCAGAGAACUCGAAAGAGAAUUCUUUUUCAGCGUGUACAUAAACAAGGAGAAGCGACUGCAACUGUCUCGGAUGCUCAACCUAACCGACCGACAAGUAAAGAUCUGGUUUCAGAACCGUCGCAUGAAGGAGAAGAAACUGAACAGGGACAGAUUACAAUAUUUAUACAUCCAAUCCUCUGCUU